GCGUGAGAUUCUAUCGCAUGGCACCGUGGUCGGCUGUCGGUAUGUACACAGUGUUUGGGUAAUCUUUAAUGGCAAACCCAGUUUAGUUGAACAUGGAUUUAAAACUGUAGAUUCUUGUUUCUGAAAGACAUUAUACGUAAAAUGAUCUACUGUUUUGACGACUUUCAGUUAAAGCAUCUUUGUGAUGUGAUUGAAGCUGAGCGUCGGGUCCGCGAAAGGCUUUACAACGAGUUAACAUGGACGAACGCUUGGUCACCAGGGGGGAUGACCAGAGGACGGCGACCCAGCUCGGGAAAAAGUCAGAAGCAGGCUCUAAAAAAACGUCCUUCAUCAGCCAGGAAGUACGAUGAUAGGUACGAGUCGGACACGUCACGUGAUGAACGAACUCUCGUGAAAGAUCGACCAAGUUCCGCGAGACUUCCACGAGAGAAAGUAAAAGACGGUUCACGAAGAAAGCUGAAAUCGCACGCAUUAGAAAGUAGUUCUGAAGUGUCGUAUGAUGACCGACCACGUUUGAAGGAUCGUCCCCAUUCCGCGCGAGAGCCACGUGAGAAAGUAAAGGACACUGUGAAGAGAAAACCAAGAACACUUGCAUUUGAGAUUGGAUCCGAGUCCAAAUCUGUUGCUGUGAAAUGGGGCUCCGAUCCUCGGAAUCUAUCUGUUACUAUGGGAGACGGAUAUGGGAGAAAAUCGCGAACUUCUAAGAAGCCAGGACCGGAACACGACAAGUUUGUUAUCAGUAACUUUGGUAAGGGGAGUUCAUUCCAAGUGGAUACCGGAAAAACCUCAAGGGACCCUACAAAUAUAACUAUAGACAAUGUACGGAGGGGCACUUCCGGUCAAAAGGAAACCCUUCGUGUAACCGGAGGCGGAACGAAUGUCGUUAUUCACAAUCCGAAAAAACCGGGGCUGCCAAGCAGAGGGACGAAUACUAUUCACGUGGCUAGCGGGGAUUCUAACGUUGUAGUUCACAAACCACAAAACGAGGACAGUGAUUCUAGUCAAAGUGACGUUAUUCGUAAAGAAAUCAAACCUAAAAAAUCUUCGAAAAGGAAUAAAGAUUUAAGUAAAACUAUCAAUGAGAAUCGCAAUGCUAUUAAAUUUUCUGAAAACAUUGGCACCCAAACAGCUUGGAUGGAUACGGACCCAGAUCCACCGCCAACGUCCGCUUCCGGUCCUCCAUCGAGACGUAUAAAAUUCAUGGGCGAGGAUCGAACGCACCGGGAAUAUAAAACUGCCUUCGUUGACGACCAGAAACUCGUUCGACCAAUGACCGACGAAGACAUCCCACUCGUGGUCGAAAUUGUUCAACCAGAUGAAGACGACGAGGAAUACGAAGACGAAUGCUCAACGGAAGUUAAAGAUACUAGACCGGAAGUGAUACAUUAUAUAGACAAAACGGUACCUGCUCGCGCAAUAGAGCCGUUCGAACCAGUGUUUGUCCAGCCACAUCCGGUUUGGGGGCCUGAGACCCGGGACAAACGUCCCCGCACCCCGAAGACGGUGAGAUCUCGCCCGCCCCUCCCCCCGCGCCAGUACCGCCCACUUGAUGUGUACGACCGUAGGAGUGCCGAUACUAACGACCGUUUCCUGGUAGUGAAGACUCGGGCCCCGCCCCGGAAACCACCACGCUCAUCUAUCAACUACCACCAACACGAUGACGCGGUGUUUUCUGUGUACUAAACCGGAUGUACAAAACAAAACACAUUUUUAUAACAAUUUUAUGAUAAAAUCUUUAAAAUCUUUAAAAUCUUAAGAAUUACAGUUUGGACUUCGGAUUCUGUCUUAUUUGCAGUUGCAGCUGUAAACAAGUUACAAUUGUCAGCGUCGCUUCAAAACAUUGGAUUUUGAGCUGGAGAGAGAGAGUUUAUUUGAAUCCAGAUAGAUGAACUGUUUUGUGUCUUCCUCUGGUGUGACAACAGAACCUGUGCUAUCUGACACCCUGUGGAAAAUGUCAAUUAACAUGAAAAAGGAGUAUUCCACAAGCUUUAUUAAGCAGUUUUCAUUUGAAAUUGGAUUACAAUUGGAAUAUUUACAUGAACAAUGAAUCGCAUUACCAUUUAAUUGAGACGAUGUCUACUUAAUCUCUAGGUAGCAUCCAUUAUUUGUAAAUCUCUUUAAAAAGGGUCUGGAAAUGUUUAGUUUUAAAGGGUUUGAAUCCGAAGAUACACAUAAGUAUAGAAAAGAAGUAAGAUCAGCACAAUUUUAGCAAUAAAUGCAUUUGAAACGGGUCAGUUUUAAAGCUGGCUUUGGUCUAGUUCAAAGGUUUACCAGACAAUUGAAGACGACUGAGCGAAGUUUUGCAAAUUGUUGUAAAUUAUUGUUUUUCUCCAUGUCUUUCCAUGGAUAUAUACAGUAUUAUAUAAACGGAUAUUGUGUCUCAAUUAGAAAAUUAUGAUUUCAUGACAGUUUGGACACUGGUAGUAUGUCGGAAUACUCAGGUGUCGGAUUAGACAAUUUUAUAGUAGUUUUAAUGUAGAUACCCUUGGUCAAUACCGUAAUUAUAUGUGGUGAUGGGAACUCUUCAAACAUGCUGAGACAAGGUUGUCCUGUUUAAGCCCAUAAGUUAACGGACUAAAACGGGUACCCGCUAAUCAUAUAGUAUUGUUAACAAUAUACGGAAAGUGUAAAAAUAAAUUAUGGUAAUUUUCUUUUAUUAACGUUCUGAACUUUCCAUACAUACCGUGAAAUGGCAGACUUAUUGCUAAAAUAGGACAACAUUAAUUUCGUGUUGAAUUUUGUUGAUGACAAAGAGCAGAAUCCUACAAAAUCGUGGAUUUAAUUAUUAAAGUAUACCCUCCCUACUAAUACAAUCGGCGUAUGUGGAUCACUGGAGUGAAAUUAAUAGUAUGUGGUGUUUUAUAUACAGAUUUCAGCACCACGGUGGCCGAGUGGUUAAGGUGUCCCGACACUUUAUCACUAGCCCUCCACCACUGGGUUGCGAGUUCGAAACCUACGUGGGGCAGUUGCCAGGUACUGACCGUAAGCCGCUGGUUUUUCUCCGGGUACUCCGGCUUUCCUCCACCUCCAAAACCUGGCACGUCCUUAAAUGACUCUGGCUGUUAAUAGGACGUUAAACAAAAACAAACCGCACCAAACACAUAAAAACAAAGCUUACAAGCGAGCGAUCCCGAAAUAUGUUUUGAUAAUUCUGUUUCUUUAUAAAAUGAAAUGUGAUGUUAUACAAUAUAUGUGGUUUAUUUAUGUUAACAUGUUAUCAAAUAUGUAUUUCUAUGUAUUAUGCAAGACAUUAAAUAUUCGGAAUAAAGUUCAAAUUGAUAUAAA